GCUCAUUAGCAAGUGGGACUGAGUAAGCAACAUCGACGAACGACAACACAACAUUAAAAUGAAGUUUGCUGUGGUUCUGCUUAGUGUCCUUGGAUUAUCUUGGAGUUUCUCCGUAGGCACACAAGUUGGUCUCAGUGACAAAGUCCUGGUCUUCCCUUAUGAGACGGACUUCAGCUUCGUGGCCCUGAUCCCGCAGAAGGAGAUGGGGCUGAGAGCCUUCACGCUCUGCAUGCGUGUGGCCACUGAGCUGCCAGAAGACCGGCAGAUCAUCCUGUUCGCCUACCGCACAGCUGACUAUGAUGAACUCAACGUGUGGCGCGAGAGGGAUGGACGCAUCUCUUUUUACCUGAGUGGUGACGGUGUCUUCUUUCACCUGCCACCCCUCACCACCUUCCGCAUCAGCCUCUGCCUUACCUGGGAGUCUCGCACUGGCCUCACUGCUUUUUGGGUGGAAGGGAAGCGGAGCACCUACCAGGUCUACAAACCUGGGCACACCAUCCGUCCAAACGGCAGCAUCCUCCUGGGGCAGGACCCAGACAAGCACCUGGGGGGUUUAGAAGCCGCACAGAGCUUUGUAGGGGAGGUGACCGAUCUGAAUAUGUGGGACUUUGUGCUGUCUAGGAGCAUGAUCCAGGCCUGGCACUAUGGGCACAAGGUCCCCAAGGGAAACAUCUUUGACUGGGCCACUAUUGAGUAUGAGCUGAACGGAAACGUGAUGGUGGUGGAUGAUGACUGACUCGGUGUGGAGCUGCUUGCAGAGAGGGAUGAGGCUUUAAAGAUUUGUGUUGGACUGAUACUGAUAUGUGUGAUUGUCUUUCUUAGAUUCAGUGUUUUUUUAUGUUAGGGCCCUUCAACUGUUCCUAAAAGAUCAACAGAAGAAAGCAGGAGUGUUUGGGACAUUCACUGUCUCCUGUAACUAAAUAGUAUCCUAUAACUCUUUUCACAAAUGCACAGAAGUCUGCUGUCUUAAUGCAUUCACUCAAAUAUUUUGCUGCAUGGUAACUCUCAGUCAUUCCUCUAAAGUCAUACUAGUCUUUGUUUCUCAAAGCUUCAUCCCGUGAUUGUUGUCGGAGCAGACUGGUAAAGAUCAAGCACAAAAUGUUGAUGUGCCACAUGCAUCCAUAGGGUGGCAGUCUGCACUAGUUCACAUCAAAAAAAAAAAACUUGUGUCAGAGCUUCAUCAUACAUGCAUCCACUGAUGUGAUGUGGCAUACUUAUUGCUUAUUAACUGAGGCCACGAAUAACUGAUUAAAAUGUUAAGAAAAAUGAUCGAUUGCUGCAAUUCAAAUAAAUUUAAUCUGUUGUUAUGUUUAUAUAUGUUUGAUAUCAGCUUACAUUACCAUUCACACUAUAGUGCGUUUAAAAGCAAAUCACAAUAGAGAUGACACAUAUAAAACAGUGCAACUAUCAGUUUAGAAUUCAAUUUUGUUUUUUUUUGGUUAAAAUUUGCAUAUUGUAAUAAAAAGAAGUCCAUUCAAAAACCUGCUAUCACGCAUUGAAAAUUUGUCACCAUUUGUUUUUGCAGGCCCAGUGAUAUUGAUAAUGAAAAUAUGAAUGAGAUAUUAAAACAGCAAACUAGGGGGAUGCAUUAUUCCUAGAGUAGACUUAAUGAUUUAACUGCACUGAGAGACAAAUAGCAAUUAUCAUGUUUAAAAUCCAUUGCCAUAAUGUUUGCCGUCGGUUACUGUACCCACUCAUGAAUUUUCCAUGUUUCAGCUGAUGUAAGAAUGCUUUUGGGCCUGAAAUAUAAUCUCGCCAUGUGCAUAACUAAUAAUGUUUGUAAUUACAGAGAAUAUUUCGUCUUUGAA